AACAACAAUUGAAAAUAUCAAAAGUUCAACAGCAGCAGCAGCAGCAGGAACAAAGCAGCAACAGCAACAUAUCCACCCCCCAAUCGAACAAACAACCAAACAAUACAAUACCAAAAAAAAAGUGAUAAAAAAAGAAAAGAAAUACAUAUAUACAAUAUUUCAAGCCAAACAAUAACAACACAACACAGUUCCAGCGUAAAAUAUGAAGCAAACACGUAAGGUUGCUCCCGAUGGCGGUUGGGGCUGGGUGGCCUGCUUCGGCGUCAGCUUAGUUAAUUUGGCCACCCGCUCGAUCGAGCCCUCUUUCGGUCUGCUCUUCGGCGAUUUACUACGCGAUCUCGAUGUCGGCACCACCGGCGCUGCCAUUAUAAUGAGCACACUCGAUGUGUGCAUGAAUUUCUCAGGUCUCUUCGUCGGUCCACUCUUGAAGGAGUUCUCCUACCGCAAAGUGGCUAUCGCUGGCUCACUGCUGUGUGGCAUUGGUUUGGCAGCCACCUCACCCGCAGCCAGCAUGGCGCACAUACUCAGUACGUACAGUGUGAUUAACGGUAUUGGUGUCGGUCUAUCCACGUCAGCCGCUUUUGUCGCGCUCAAUCACUACUUCAAGUAUAAACGUGGUCAAGCUGUGGGUCUCUCAAUGGCCGGCACUGCGUUAGGCAUGCUGAUCAUGCCACAGUUGGUACGCAUGUUGCUCGAAGCUUUUGGCUUUCGUGGCGCUGUGCUGAUGUUGGCCGGCAUCGCAUUGAAUUCGACAGUUGGUGCAGUGCUCUUACAACCCGCCAAAUGGCAUAUGAUCGAUGAGGUGAUUGAUGAGGAACUGAUGACGGUGCCAGUGUCACCGCCUACGCCGGAUGUGAAGGUCAUACGUGAGGAUGCCGCGGAAGAAGAUUCGCUACCCGAAUUGAAUACUCUACUCUUUCCCAAACAGCAAUAUAUGCGUAAGAAUUACUCAGAAAUGGCGAUGAAUACGAUGAAUGGUACUCGUGUGGGUAUGCCUAAGCGUCCCACCUUCCCGCGCAUCAUGUCACUAGCUGGUGUACAAUCGGCGGUUAAUAACAGCCAGUCACAUGGCGAUGUGAAUGCGACAUUGCGUAAUCGCAAACAUUCAGUCACGUCAAAUCUUUCCUAUAUGGACUUCACCGGUUCCAUAUUGCAAGUGCAUAUGAAUGUGGGCGAUGAAGAGUUCGAACGUAAUGAUCGUGAGCUAAAACGUGUCAACACAGCGGCGAGUGGCAUGGCGAAUGCGCAUCGUGAUUCUUUCAUAAAAAUGCGGCCAACAGAGACUGAAAAGAAUGAAGAAUUAGCAGCGAAGGAGGCGGAGAAGAAACCAGGUUUCUGGCGUCGUUUCGCAGAUCUCAUGGAUGUGGACUUAUUACGUGAUAAGAAAUUUUUAAAUAUACUUUUCGGUCUGUCGAUCUUCUAUGUGGGCGAGAUGAAUUUCAAAAUGGUCACGCCGUUCUUUUUCGCCAAUCUAGGCUACAAUAAGACAGAUGUAGCUUUCUGUUUGUCGAUAACAGCGAUCACAGAUAUUGCAGCCCGUAUAAUACUCCCGCCUAUCUUCGAUCGUACAACCAUCAAGAAGCGCACGGUGUUUCUAGUAUCCAUCAUCUUUGUAGGCAUAACGCGUUCGAUAAUGGCUGAGCAAACCGAAUGGACCUCUCUAAUGGUUUGGCUAUCGAUUUGCGGUUUCUUCCGUGGCUCUGCAUUGGCGAACUUCACACUCACCGUUUCUGAAUAUUGUUCGCUGGAGAAAUUACCCUCUGCCUUCGGUUGGCAUUUGGUUGGCAAAGCCGUAUUUGUCAUCUGUCUGGGGCCGCUGAUCGGUCUGAUUCGUGACGUCACCACCAGUUAUCCCAUCUGCAUACACGCACAAACAGUUUGCAUAUUUCUUUGUGUAAUCGCCUGGACGAUCGAGUAUUUGAUCACAUAUUUGAAAGAGAAAAAAUCAAAGGGGGGCAUCAAUGCCACAAUCGGACCCGAGACCAACAUCAAACACUAACACGUGCUUAAUUUCGUGAGAAAGGGAUAUUUUUAUAAGAAAAUUUUCGUGAAACUUACACUAUGAUAUACACACACACGCAUACUUAUACAUUUAAGUAGUUAGCUAUAUAUAAUAUUAUUUACAUACAUAUAUAUGUAUGUAUGUAUAUAUAUUGUUGAAAUAUAUGUACUUAUGCAGUGA